GUUUAAACGAGCCUGUGUGUCAGUGACAGAUAAAGCACUGAGCGGACCUCUCUGACAGAUCACAGCCUCUUCACUUGCAGAACAGACCGCUCUCACCUGGAGGACUGAUCCCAGACAUGAGGCUCUGUGUCCGGGCUGGAGCUUGGUGUCUCCUGCCUGUCCUGGUUCUUCUGACUGUCCUUCAUGUCAAAGCUGAGGAGCAGCAGCCAAAGGAGAGACACUAUUAUAUUGCUGCUGUCGAGAUAGACUGGGACUACUCUGGCAAUGACGCACAAAGGUCGGGUCCCACCUAUAAGAAAGUGGUCUUUCGGGAGUAUGACAAAGACUUCAAACAGGCUAAGACUCAUCCCUCCUGGUUAGGUCUGCUGGGACCCACGCUGAGGGCUGAGGAGGGCGAGACCAUUGUCGUCACUUUCAGAAACAUGGCCACCGGACCGCACAGCAUGCACCCACACGGGGUCGCUUACGGGAAACAGUCAGAGGGAGCUAACUACUUUGACAACACAUCCCAGAAAGAGAAAGAGGAUGACGUCGUGCAGCCAAACAGCCAGCACGUUUACUACUGGGAGGUGACGUCAGAUGUUUCUCCGCAGCUAAAUGACCCCACCUGUCUCACCUACACCUACAUCUCCCACAAGAAUGUUGUGGAGGACUACAACGCAGGCCUCAUUGGUGCUUUACUCAUCUGCAAGCCCGGCAGUCUGGAUGAGACGGGGCAGCAGGUCAGCUUCCACCAUGAGUUCGUCUUCCUCUUUGGGGUCUUCGAUGAGACAGAGAGCAAGUACAAACCAAACGGCCACGCCAACCACGUCAAAUACACCAUCAACGGAUACACAAUGGGAUCACUGCCUGAUGUCAGCAUGUGUGCCUACGCCCCCGUGAGCCUGCACCUGGUGGGUAUGAGCUCAGAGGCGGAGGUGUUCACAGUGCACAUGAACGGCCAGGUUCUACAGCAGAAUGGCCACAAAAUGUCAUCAGUGGGUCUGAUCAGCGGCUCCACCGCCACUGCCAGCAUGGUGGCGCUCCACACGGGCCGCUGGCUGCUCUCCUCACACACCAACAAGCACAUGGAGGCUGGCAUGCACAGUUUCGUGGACGUGAAAAAGUGUGAUGGCUUCACAGCACCACGGCGAAGGAUGACCAUUGAGCAGAAACGAUACAGCAGGGAGUGGACGUACUACAUAGCUGCUGAGGAAAUUGUCUGGGACUAUGCACCUAAUAUGCCAGAACACGUUGACCAGGACUUUAAGUUGCAGUACCUGACACAGUCACCAACACGCAUAGGCACAAGGUACAAGAAGGCCGUGUACACGAUGUACACAGACGAGUCAUUCACUCAAAGGUUGGAGUCAAAGCAGAGGAAAAAUGAGCUGGGGAUCUUGGGCCCAGUGAUCAGAGCGCAGAUCAGAGAUGUCAUCAAGAUUGUUUUUAAGAACAAGGCCUCCAGGCCCUACAGCAUCUAUCCACAUGGACUGACCAUAGAGAAGUCAGAUGAGGGAGUCAACUACCCAGCAGGAGGCAACCAAUCUCAUGGUGUUCAGCCAGGUGAGACACACACCUACAUAUGGAAAGUGGUCGACGAGGAUGAGCCUUUUGAAGCAGAUUCUCGAUGUCUGACACGACUGUACCACAGCGCAGUGGACACACCGCGGGACAUCGCCUCAGGACUGAUAGGACCAAUCCUCAUCUGCAAGAGUCGCUCCCUCAAUAUCAGGGGUGUGCAGCUGAAAGCAGACAAGGAGCAGCACGCCAUGUUGGCUGUAUUUGAUGAGAACAAGAGUUGGUACCUGGAUGACAACAUUCGCCAAUAUUGCGAUCGAAGCAAAGUCAACAAGGCAGACCCCAACUUUUAUAAAUCCAAUGUCAUGCACACAAUUAACGGUUAUGUGUUUGAGAGCGGACCGCUCUUGGGCUUCUGCAAUGGUGAGGUGGCAACAUGGCACGUGUCCAGCGUAGGAGCACCAGACUUCAUCCAGACAGCUACUUUCUACGGCCAUCCGUUUGAGCUGAAUGGACGAACGGAGGACUUUCUCAGCCUCUACCCUAUGACUGGAGAGACAAUCACUAUGAACAUGGACAACAUCGGUGUCUGGCUCAUGGCUACUCUGAAUUCCCAUGAGACAACCAAGGGAAUGCGUGUAAAGUUUCAGGAUGUUGAGUGCUUUCGCGACCGCCAGUAUGAGUACAACGACUAUGACGAUAAUGAAGAAUUCACAGAAUUUACUUUGUGGAAACCUCUCAGCUUGGAUGAAAUCAAAAAGGAAGAGGAGAAGAAAAUACCUGAGAAAAAAAAGCCAGUGGAGCCAGAUUAUUACACGGAAAUGUUUGCAGAUGAAUUAGGUCUCAGGUCUCUGAAGAACCAAUCUACUAUAUCAGAUGUGGAGCUGCUUGACCUCUCCAUCCUCGAAUAUGAUACUAUCGAUGUGCCUGAAGGAGAUACUCAUGUAACCGUUAAUUUCACUGAGACAAGGAAUAAAAACAAAACAUCUACUCCAAAACCAAAUGCUCUAAAUGACACAUUAUUAUCAAAUGGGAAAGAAGAGGAUGGACUAAACCUUACAGCAGUUAAUUUGCUGAAGCAAAGCAUGAGCGAGAAUACAAUACAUUUGCAGAACAGUAGUGCGCCAUCAACUUCUGACAAUUCUUCUGUGCAUAAAACAGAAAACACAACAGCUCACAAUGCUACGUUGUUAUCAGAUCUAAUGAACACAACCCUGACUGACGCCAACAAGACUUCUGUGGGUGGGAUCUUGGUGGAGGACUCCGAGGAGACAAUCACCAGAGGGGACGUGUUUUCUUACUCUACGCCUUUGUCCAAUUCCAGCACCAACAAUCUCCACAGUGCACCAGAGGGCAACACCACAAAACAGGAAGAUAAGAAUAACACUGCAGCUGACAUGUCAGCAGAUGGAACGCACCAUUCUUUGUCUAUUCCAGCGGCUGAUGUUGAAGAGGUCGACAUCAACAGUCUUAUCAGAAGCAUCUUGAACAUCUUCGAGCUGAGGUUGGAGAGCACAGAUGACAAAAUCAGUGACAAGGACUCGCUGACCACCACAACAGAGCCAGACAAUGAGCUUCAAAUGAACUCCUCUGACAUUAUCCCCACCAAUUCCAGCCUUGAAAAUGUAACACACGAUUUACUCCAAAAUGGGUCCUUACAGAAUGUCACGGUGGAUAUGUCCAAAUCAAAUUCAUCAGGGAAGAUUAGUUUAGAAAGUAAAAAGAAUGCCUCAAAUCUUCUUGGUGAGUUGAGCCAUGCAUCUACUGCAACAAGUGGCAAUGACUCCCUGAUCACCACUGCAGAGCCAGAGAAUGACCUCCAGCAUUCCAGCAUUGAAAAUGUAACACACAAGUUGCACCAAACUGGGCCUUUACAGAAUAUAUCGACAUUAAAUUCAUCAGCAGAGAUUAUUUCAGAGAAGAAGAAUGCCUCUAAUCUUCUUGGUGAGUUCAACCACACAUCGUCUGCAAAAAGCUUCUCCAAUGACACUUCUGAGGAGCCAACAGCGCCAGACAGCAUUGAAGAAGAAGUGCAUAUCUACCUCACAGAAAACAGUACGCAGGUGAUUAAAACCACCUCCAUCAAAACGCAGGGCCACAACUGGACUUAUGAUGGAACUCACCAACUGGAACCCGGGGAUAUUCCUGACUACAUGAUGAAAUAUCUCGGAAAAGAAACCCCCAAAACGACGCCAACUCCAAAAAAGAAGGUCAGGAGGGUGAACCUCCGACAUUGGCCGCAGAAGGGUCAGGGCAUGAAAACAAAGAGGAGGAAGGAGUACAAGCCUCAAGCCAGGAGUGGCUUACCGUUCUCUCCUCGUGGGUUCCAUCCAGGCAUGACCCCGCGAGGGUCACGACCCCUUGCACUGCAGCCUGUCUCUGAUGAAGCGGAGCUCAUUAACAUGCCCGUGGUCAUUGGUGUGCCCCGGCCUGAUUUCAGUGACUACGAGCUGUACAUUCCUGGGGACGAACCACAUCAUCUAGAGCCAGUUACCGAAGAUUUGAAUCGAGAUGAAUAUGAAUAUGUGACCUAUGUAGACCCCUACAGCAGUCAUGAAGACAUAAAGAAUAUCAACCUAGAUGACACCACCAAAUACUACUUAAAAAACUCAGGCCCGAAUGUUCGGACUUAUUUCAUCGCUGCAGAGGAGGUUGAGUGGGACUACAGUGGCUACGGACAGAGGAGGCAAGACAAGUCGCAGCAGAACAGCCGAGAAACUAAGUUCACUAAGGUGGUUUUCCGAGGAUACUUGGACAGCAGCUUCAGCACACCUGACAUCCGUGGAGAGAUGGACGAGCAUCUAGGCAUCCUGGGACCUGUCAUUAAGGCGGAGGUCGGACAAAGCAUCAUGGUGGUGUUCAGGAACAACGCCAAGCGUCCUUACUCUUUACAUCCAAACGGAGUUUCCUACACGAAGAACACAGAGGGUCUGUCCUACGAGGAUGGCUCCAAGUACUGGCAUAAAUAUGACAAUGAGGUUAAGCCCAACACCACCUUCGCAUAUAUGUGGAAGACCAGUUCUAUGGUUGGGCCAUCGCCAGGAGAGUCUCACUGUCGGACCUGGGCCUACUAUUCAGGCGUUAAUCCUGAGAAGGAUAUCCACACUGGAUUGAUUGGGCCUUUGCUGGUGUGUCGAGAAGGAACCCUGACCAAGAAGUUACCAGACAUGAGGGAGUUCACGCUGCUUUUCAUGACCUUCGAUGAGUCGCAGAGCUGGUACUACGAGGACAACCGUGAGAAGAUACAGAGGAGAAGCCGAAGGAGAUUUAUGGACCCCGACUUCAAGGACAACCUCAAGUUCCACUCCAUCAAUGGCAUCAUAUACAACCUGAAGGGCCUGAGGAUGUACACCAACCAGCUGGUAUGCUGGCACCUGAUCAACAUGGGCUCUCCCAAAGACUUUCAGAGUAUCCACUUCCACGGACAGACGUUCCUCCACAAGAAGCACACCAGCUACAGACAGGCCGUUUAUCCUCUGCUGCCAGGAAGCUUUGCUACUCUGGAGAUGAAUUCAUCCAAACCUGGCCUUUGGCAGCUGGAGACAGAAAUUGGUUUGAACCAACAGAAGGGCAUGCAGACCCUGUUCCUGGUUCUAGAUAACGACUGCUACCGUCCACUGGGUUUAGAAUCAAGCAGCGUGAAAGACAACCAGAUCACAGCAAUCAACACGAGAGGAUACUGGGAGCCAUUUCUGGCCAGACUGAACAAUCAGGGUAAAUACAACGCAUGGAGCACAGAGCAGAACCACAGCUGGAUUCAGGUGGACUUCCAGCGGCCAGUUGUGAUCAGCCAGGUGGCCACGCAGGGAGCCAAGCAGAUGUUCUACUCCCAGUACACGACGAAGUACAUGAUCUCCUACAGCAACGACCGCAGGAAGUGGAUCUUCUACAAGGGCGACAGCAGGGACCUCAGGAAGAUAUUCACUGGGAACCAGAACGCCUAUGAUCCAAAAACAAACACCUUCCUUCCUCCUAUGGUUGGACGGUUCAUUAGGCUCCACCCCAUCGAAUGGUACAACUCGGCUACAGUGCGCAUGGAGUUCUACGGCUGUGAGCUCGACGGCUGCUCGGUGCCUCUGGGGAUGGAGAGCAGACUGAUAGAAGACCGUCACAUCACAGCGAGCUCCACAGCCUCCAGCUGGUACUCUGGACCCUGGAGGGCCUCCCUUGCACGUCUCAACACACAGGGCACCAUCAAUGCAUGGCAGGCUAAGUAUAGUGACAUGCAUCAGUGGCUUCAGGUGGAGCUGCCCCAAAUAAAGAAGAUCACAGGUAUCAUUACACAAGGAGCCAAGUCUCUGGGGACAGAGAUGUAUGUCAUGUCCUACUCUCUGCAGUACAGCGACAACGGGAUACACUGGACCCACUACACAGAUGAUGAGAACAUCUCUUUCAAGACUUUUUUGGGAAAUAAAGACAACAACGACCACAUGAGGAACUACAUCUACCCUCCGAUUUUCUCCCGCUUCAUCCGCAUCCUCCCCAGAAGAUGGAGGAACUCCAUCACCAUGAGAGUAGAGCUACUGGGCUGUGAUUUUGAGUGAUGAUACACAAAGACACAAAUCCAUAGCAACUGAUGUCAGGUCAGGUCAACCGUGCACAUGCAGACUGAAACACUCAAAGUGUACCCCCAGACUAAUGCACUUCAACUUCCACACAUACGGUCAUGUAUGAAGGAUACUACAUAUAUAAAGUAACUAAAUCACAGCCAACACAUGCAGACAUUUGUUGCUUAGGCUGUCUGUAAAGCUCAUCCUAUACAGUGUUUUAUCAUACAAAUAUAUGGCCAGUUAGAAUGAGUUAAAGGAGCAGUGUGUAAGAUUUGAGGAGGUUUAGUGACAUCUAGUGGUGAGGACUGCAAAUUGCAAC